UUCUUGAUGAAAUGUCAAAACGAAACCGUCACAGUCGAGCUCAAGAAUGGUUUUUUAUUUUUAUUUUUUGCCCCCCCUUGUCCACUUACUACCAGCACUCACUAACGGGGGGGUUUUUUUUCUUUUUUCCUUCCAUUCCCUUUCAGGCACAAUCCUGCACGGCACUAUCCUCUCGGUCGAUGUCAAGAUGAACACUUCCCUGCGUACGGUGAAGAUGACCAUUCGCAAUCGCGACCCUGUCAGCCUUGACACUAUCAACAUCCGUGGCGCUACCAUCCGCUACUUUAUCCUUCCGGACUCGUUGCCGCUGGAUACCCUCUUGAUUGAUGAUGCGCCGAAGCCGAAGAAUAAGGCGAGGAAGGAGAGUGAUAAGGUUAGGGGUGGAAGGGGCGGUGGGGGUGGGGGCAGAGGCGGUGGGAGGGGCGGUGGACGUGGUGGGAGGGGGCGAGGUGGGAGAGGUGGUGGGAGGGGCUUUUAG